GCCAAUGAGAGGGCGAGCUAUUCAUGAGUACGGGAUUUGAGGAUUUAAAAACGGAGGCCAGGACGUUCAGGAUCAUUCUCCGCUUGGAUUUGCUUCCGAGGUUUACACAUUUCACCUUUUUUUUUUUGCAAUUUACAAUUACCGCAACUUGCAUCAUGACUCUUGAAGAGGUCCUUGUUCAGGAAUGCACCGAGGCCAGGGUUCAGUCUCCUGGGAAGGCAUUAAAGGACAUUUUAGUUUCGGCAAAAGCGCAGAAUUGUCUCACUGUUGGAGUCUACGAAUCUGCAAAAGUUAUGAAUGUUGACCCAGACAGCGUGGCUUUCUGUGUUCUGGCAACCGAUGAGGGGUACGAGUGGGACAUCGCUCUGCAGAUCCACUUCACCUUAAUCCAGGCCUUCUGCUUCGACAACGACAUCAACAUCGUGAGGGUGAAUGACAUCCAGCGACUGGCUGAGAUUGUCGGGAGCGACGAGUCAGGCGAACCCCAAGAUGCGCACUGCAUUCUCGUCACGAACUCAGCUGAUAGCUCGUUUGAAGAUCCUGCUCUAGAGAAGCUGAACUUGUUUUGCGAAAAAAGCAGGGGGUCCAACGAGUGGUUGCCUGCUGUAUCUUUCCCAGAGCGCUGAAUUGGGACUUGACGAGAGUCUUUGGAAGUGCUUACACUAUGAGGAAAAAUCAUCCUGGAGUAUAUGGAUGAAAAAUCCAAAUGAAGACCCAGUCAGGUUCUCAGAAGAGUCUGAGGAAGACCGGGACAAGAUACCGAGGUCCUUGCGGUUAAGGAGGACGGGUUACAAUAAGACGAUACUCCUAUGGGGCUGGAGUACCUGGACAAGAAAGACGAGUCUUCCAGUUGGGUGCAGACUUAACAGGAAGAGAAGAAAGGAGUCAAGAGAUAAAAUACACAGAAUGACUCAAAUGUGAAAAAUGUGCUUACGCGUCAUUACGUAUGUAAUGUACUUUUCAAUUUAGUAGCUAAUUAGCUUGUUUGAUUGUGUUUAAUAUGAAAGAUCUUCAGUAUUUAAAUAAACCAAUAUAAGAAAGAAAUCUUGGUGUUACUUUUUCCAUGUAACUUCAACAAACGUAAUUUGGUUUACAGUCCAUCAUGGUUACUUUUAGUUUGGAUAUAAAUGUUUUCGAUUGGUAAUGUAAAAUAA